CUUUAUCAAACCAGUACGAAGAUGGCUCUGCAAACACAUCCAGUCUACCAGGCAGACCGCAUCUCCCACGAAGCAUUAGCGGCUGUCUCACAAGGCAGACAGACCAAGAGCAGCGAGGAUGAUGUCGACAGCCUGAACGAGACUUUGAUGAUACAUUCCAUCACCGACUACGGACGGCAUCCCUACAGAUAUGGUAUCGCUUCCGUCAACUUCAAGGGAAACGAAAAGGGGUCCAAGGGUGCAGGGAAUGCAAAGUUGCGUAAACUUCUUCUUAGUCAACUCCAUAAACAGACGUACAACUCAAUCAUACUUGUACAAGAGUGUCCGUGGGAUAAUCCUCUAAAGCACCUUCAGCUAAACGCCGAGCUCGAGGAGAAGUUUUGCUACACAGGAGUUAAGAAUGAAGCCGGAGUCAUCUGGAAUAGUGAUCUGUUUGGAGUGAAACGCUUAGACUCGUACAUGUUGAUUGGAGACAAGUACCCAAAGCUAAUGCAACAUCGUGGGCGACUCUGUAUUUGUGAAGUCACACUUCUGGACUGCCAUACAGCUGACGGCAAUCUAGCACUGGAGAAGACUCCAAAUGUGUCCAACUUCAUCGCCAUCUCCUGGCACGGACCUCACAAGUGUACUGAUGCAGAAAAACAGCUGGUAUUACAAGACCUCCUUAAAUUUGUUACCUUUAAGUAUAUGAAAGAUAAGAACGGCCCAAAAGCUUGCGUUAUUGGUGGGGACUUCAAUUUUAGUAUCGAAAAGGCAUGCGAAGACCUGGACAGCUACCCCGGACUUACUAUCGCCGCUUCAUAUGGAUUGGAAACAAUUGACUACUUCAUAUUCACCUCGGACUUGAUCAACAUCCUACAUGCCGAUCAAUUAUUCCUAGAGUACGAUGCAGAAAGUAUCUACACAGCACAGGAUAGGGAGAGGGCCCGAGCAGAGAAGUGUAAAGCUGAACCCAACGAUGUCAUCGACCACAAACCAGUCUUCGCUGUGCUGGAUCUUGGAAGUCCCAAUCCAUUCUCCUCGCCAUGCAAGCUGACGACAAGACCGAAGGUUGAGACAGUCACCAAGGAUGGAGAAUCAGUGAUGUUGGAAAAUGGCUCUCUAGAUGAAGGGAUGCUACAGCAGCAGAGUAAUGUAGCCUCCAACGCAGAUACUGACACCGUUGAUGAAAAAGAGAAAGAAACACAAGACAAAUCUUCUGAAAGCGAAAUGGUGGAGCAGGCUGGAGCAGGAAAUGAUAUGUCCUUUCAUCCGUUAGUUCGCGACAUAAUUGAAGAGAAGGAUAUGGAAUCCCCCAACGUCAAACAGAAAAUCACAGAACUGAAAACAAAAUUCCAGAAAUGUCGGGCACUGGUGGAAGGGAUUUCAGGGAUCGACUGCAGUGAGGAGGAACAGAAGCAACAGAUUGAACAGCUCAAACAACAGGUCACAACCAAAACGGACUUACUGAAGAAGUACAAGAACCUGUGUGCAUUUGACUGCCUAAAUCAUGACAAUUAAUAAUUUUCUUAUGUGAGUUGAAAUAGUGCAGUACAGUUAUGAAUGUCAACAAUUGUAUUGUACUUUCUUGGAAUAUAUUUUUUACAUGCUAUUUUCUGUGGCAACAAUGAAAGUUCUAGUACUAGCAAUAUAAGGAUAUAUCAUUAUAGAAAUAUAGCUGGCAUCCUUCUAUUCUUGUACAGCUAGCGCAUUCCUUGAUGUAAUAGAUAGCAUUACGGGACAGGUGAUUUACGAAAAUCAGGAUUUUUCCCCAUGUUAAGGCAAUUGCAGGAGUUUGUAAACAAUAUAUUGUCAGAGGAAACACUGUUGAAACUAGAGUUCGGGGACCUCAUACCUCCACGAAAUAUUUAUUGCUUUUUUGUGGAUGGUAUGUAUAUUUAU